AUUACAUACAAGGCCGUUGGGUCUCUGGAUCCCAGUGCUGACCUGUCCAGCCAAAGAGGGAAAGUCUUCAAACUAAGGAAUGAAACACAUCACCUCUUUGUAGGAUUAUACCCAGGGACUACGUAUUCAUUCACCAUCAAAGCCAGCACAGUCAAGGGCUUUGGGCCACCCAUCACAACACGGAUUGCAACUAAGAUUUCAGCACCAUCGAUGCCGGAAUACGACACGGACUCCCCCCUGAACGAGACCGACACUACCAUCACCGUUAUGCUGAAGCCUGCUCAGUCCCGGGGAGCACCUGUCAG